AUGGCGACCGCUGGCGACGAUGAGCGCACCGAGGAGCUCGAAACGCUGCAGUCCAUUUACCCGGAGCUAGUUCUUGAUGAGCCAUUCGCUGCAUAUGUAGAACUCCUGGUAGCACCCACCACGCCGCUGUCCAUCACCUUCGAGCCCGCGCAAGAGGUACACAAAGUGGCAUACCUACCGCCUCUCCGCCUCGAAAUCGAUCUUCCUAUCGAGUACCCCGCUGAAGCCCCGCCGAAUGUCAAGCUUUCUGCUUCGCCAUCAUGGCUGCCAUCUGAAACUGUAGACAAGCUGGUGAAAGAGGCGCAUUCAUUAUGGGAAGAGUACAGUGGUGGGCAGAUGCUGUUUGCAUACGUCAGCUAUCUACAGGAGGCGGCCGGGACGACGUUCGGGUUGUCUGAGCUCACCCUCCCGGACAGCCUAAAGGACGAGCUCUUACAGUACAGCAAGCACAUGAAGCGGGAACUAUUCGACAAGGAGACGUUUGACUGCGAAGUCUGUCUAGAACCGAAGAAGGGCUCGGUAUGCUACCGUAUGGAGCGGUGCAACCAUGUCUUCUGCGUUCAAUGCCUCCAGGACUACCUCAAUAAUUGCAUUGCAGAAGGGGAUGUCAACAACGUAAAGUGCAUGUCAACAGACUGCGGGAAACUUAUGCCGAAUGGAAAGAAGAAGGAGCGUCUCCUAUCGCCGAAAGAGCUUCUACAGAUUCCGUUGUCCUUACAAGCAGUAGAACGGUAUGCUAAGAUAAAGCGGAAGAAGAAGAUUGAAGCCGAUCCGACGAUCAUCUAUUGCCCACGAUCAUGGUGUCAAGGUGCCAUGCGAACGGACAAGUAUCCCAAGAUCCAAGACGUACGCGAAAUGGACGAUUCAGAUUCCGAUGCAGAAGAAGCCGUGGAGACAAUCUUAGAAGAACAACAAGCACCAUCUGGACCUGAGAAGCGGAGGGUAGGCACUUCGGGAAUGGAUCGCCUAGCUGUCUGCGAAGACUGCACCCUUGCCUUCUGCAAGGUCUGUCUAGCCUCAUGGCACGGUGACUUUGUCCGAUGCGAACCGCGCGACAAGAAUCAACUUACGGAAGAGGACCAAGCUUCGCUCAACUACAUCAUGCGCAACACCUCGCCAUGCCCUACUUGCUCCGUCCCUUGCCAGAAGUCGUUCGGAUGCAACCACAUGACAUGCUUCCAAUGUAAAUCGCAUUUCUGCUACUUGUGCGGCGCGUGGCUCCCUCCGGAGAACCCUUACGGCCAUUUCGGCAAUCCGAAGAACAAGGGCUGCUACAACCGGUUGAUGGACAUGGUUGAAGGUGACAUGGCGAAUGGAGAGGCUCAAUUCGGCGGAGCACGCGGCGCGGAGCAGAUAGCUGAUUUCUGGGAACAAGAGGCGAUGCGGAUUCAGAACGAGCUGAAUGCGCAGGAUAGUUAA